AUGUCAUCAUUCUCGCCAUCUUCGCAUCCGCCACUUCUAAAGCUUCCUCGUGAGCUGAGAGACGAGAUAUGGGAACUUGUCCUAGCUCCAAGGAUUAUCAUCGCGCUCCCAAAACUUCCCACCUCUAACUUUUUCGAUGUAGUGGGCGAGCAUGACAGAUUCGGCGAGAAUUUGUAUUAUCCGGAACUAGAAAGAGACAGCAACAUGCGCGGUGCUUACCACGGGGAUUUGCACCAAUAUUUCGACGACCGUACCGACGACUGGGAUCCCGACGAGGUUCCAACAUGCAAGAAUGUCUUCUACAAAAAGUACGCAGAUCUGGCGUGGACCUUGGCAAACCAGCAAAUCCACGAAGAAACAUCCAAGAUUCUCGAGAAGGUUACCGUAGUUAUGCGAGAAACGAUAAAAAACCGACAGCUCCAGGAGCCCGUUCGACCUGCGUUCUUGCACCUCUUAAGUCAAGGCCGAGUAGUCUUUGAAUGUGGACCCUACGAGACCGUUUCUUUUCUACUAACUAGCGCACCCGGAACGCUUGCGUGUGUGAGAUCGUUGUAUAUUGGCCAGGAAAUGGGUAUCGAGAGAAUGUUCGAUACUCGGAGUGGUGGGACGAUGUAUCGUCUCUGGGAGGCUCUCGAUAUACGUCGAAUACAAAGGCAAAGAUUAGGGCAUGAAGAAGUUGCGGGUCUAGCACAGCUUUUAAGGACUCACUUGCCAAAUCUGAAAGAGCUUGCUUUUUGGGCGCGUGUCGAGGACUAUGAAACGUUUUUGGACGAUGAUGACGAAUAUUCGGAAGAUUAUGAUGGGUAUUUUGAUCGGCCCCCUGCAUGGGACCUGCUAGAGGAUUUUUGUGGGCUGGUCAAUGACGGGCCGUUGGAGGUUUUACAUGUGAUGUUUGCUUAUACUCAUGAGGAGCCACAAUUUCCGAGUGAUGGGAAGAAGAGGCCGUUUGCAACCGAGGCUUCAUUCCAAGGUCUUAUGGAUAAACACGGUAUCGUCAUGACCCGGGACGAGGAAGGUCUGAAGCUUGCGGAACGAAGAUGGACUGCGAGUGGAAUUGGCGCAAUAGGAACAUUGCGGCGAGUUGAAGAGAGAAACGUGUAG